AUUGACGACUGACGACAUUGACGUUCUACUUUCUAAAGGGAGCGAAAAUCAACAAGCUGUAUUAAAUUGCUAUCAGUACCUCAAUAUUAUAUUAAAUUUUAACGUAUUUGAGAAGAUGCCGUCAAUGAAAGUGGAGGGUGACAGUGAUGGUGAUGGAGACAUGUCUGGAGGAGAUACUGAGCGUUCAAAUGGGUCAUCUAGAGGUCCUGACAGGGAUUCCAGUGCUGAAGAAGCUGACGAGCCUGACUCCGAUGACUCCUCGGAGAUGGACGAGAGUGAGUGCGAGAGGAGGAGAAACGAAUGCUUGGAUAACCUAGCGAACUUGGAACGUCAGUUCUCGGUGCUCCGCGAGCAGCUGUACUGCGAGAGAGUGAAGCAGGUAGACCACCAGCUUGCUGAGGUCCGUGGAGGUCGUUCGCAAGAGUAUCUUGGACCCUUGAGGAGACUGCAGGAGAAUAUGAGGAUAAGGAUCGAGGUGGCUGGCAUUCUGAAGCAAAUGCGUAUAGAGAACAUAAAGCAUAAGUACGAGGCAGAGGAGCAAGCAGCCCACCAGCAUUUCAAGAGUGAAAAAUGGCUGGCGUACGAAAACUUAAAGGAAGAAAUCUUAGAGAAAAUAAAGAAACUGGAAGAGGAGCGUCAUACGGUGGACCUCUGGUCUUGUGGGCCUGAAUGGGGACGGAAGAGGCGCAGGAGACAGGUGACAGUAUCCCCUCCCUACGUGGUCUACAUGCUCCCGGACGCCGACAUCAUGGAAGACUGGAGGCUUGUAAGGAAGCUUCUAGAAAGAACUGAUUAACGCUCCACAAAGAUUUUUCUAGAUAUUUUUAUAAUGUAAGGUUAAAUCGUGAGAAAGAUCUGUAAAUAGUGGUGAAUUUGCCAUUUCAAACUAAGGAUUGUAUGAGGCAGGUUUUAUUAAUUAAAAGAAGAGUAAGUUAUUCGAUUUCAAGGACGGUUUGAUUAUAUUUCUUGAAUCACAUUUUUGGCGGAGGUACGGCCGUAGUAAAAUGCUAAUUGUAAACAAAGAAGAUAAGUUCAAAUAAGAGGACUCGUAUAGAAUUUAUGCAGCUCAUAGGAGACAUUGGAAAAUACAGCCUUGACCAACGGUAUUAGGUACAUUUCUUC